AUGAGCGAGAGUACUAAGAAGAAGGUUGUCAAGAAGACAUCGAGCAGAUCAGCCGAUAAGGAGAAGGAUAGAGAGGUCGAAGCUCAGGUAUCAGAGUUGGAGGAUGAGAGCGAUAUUUCAUCAUCACAGAGAUCUGAGAAGAAAAAGAGCAGCAGGACCACUAGUAGCAGGUCCAAGGCGGCAAAGGAGGCCACCGCCUCGCAGCAAGAGAACGUCAUCGAGACUCAGUCAGAGAUGUCAUCGUCCACAAUGGUCUCGUCGACCACCGUCACCAGCGGCUCGCGCACACCCAGCCGCAUCUCCAACGGCUCGGCAAUUGGCGACGCACCCGUCACCCCCCUGUCCAAGUUCUUUGGCUCGUCCACCAGCACACCAUCGUCGCCCGGCACCCGUCUCUCCGUGACCAAUCGUCUGCGCGAGAGAGAGGAGCUCAGCGAGCUCACCAGAAGAGUGGCCAUCCUGGCUGCCGCCGUCGAGGAGAAGAACAAAGAGAUUGCUAGUCUGCAGGCUGAGCACGGCCACCAUAACCGCGUCACCACCGCUGAGCUCCACGACCUGAGGACGCGUCUCGAGCAGGCAGAGACCACGGCCUCGAUGGAGAUCAAGCUGCGCACCGAGCUCCAGAUGCAGCUGGACCGCGUGCUGGCCGACCUCAAGAACAAAGAGGACUCUCUGAUGAACGAGCGCGCCAACUCUGAUCGCCGUCUCGAGUCGAUGAUUGGCGAGCUCACAAAGGAGCACACUCAUCAGUUGACACUCCUACGCACUGAUCUCACCAAGCGCAUCAGCGAGAAUGAGAUGCUAAAGAAUGAGGUCAAGAUGCUCUCGGCCGACCUCCUCACCAAGGGCAAGGAGCAAGACGAGAAGACACGUAGACUGCUCCAAGCAGAGUACGAUCGUUUGAAGCAUAAGGAGGACGAUCUCAGAAACACAAUCAAUCUCAAGGAGUCAGACAUCAAGAAGCUUCGUACCGACUUGAAGGAUAAGGAUAAGCUCAUUUCAGAAUCUUUGAGAAAGGAAUCAGAGCUGCAACAGACAGUCGAGGCAUUUGAGAGACAGAAGGAGGAUAUGAGAGAUAGUAUCGAUAGAGAUUGGGAGCUCAGGAUUGCACAGGCUGUCGAGGAGCACAACGCCAAGAUGGUCGAGAUGCAGGUGUCUGUCACCAACUUUGACGAGGAGAGGGAUUCAUUCCGCCAACAGAUCAACGUGUUGUUCAAGCAGAAUGAGGAUAUGGACCUCAGGAACCACGAGCUCAGCGAUCGCAUCGGGGACUUGUCUGGCCAGAUUGCCAACAAGGACGUCACUAUCCACACGCUCACCACCGACAUUGAGGACCUGAAGAAGCACCUCCACCGCUACAAGGCCGAGUCCAAGAACAAGGACAACAGGAUCUCCUUGCUGCAGGACCAGAUGAACACCAAGGAGCUCAAGUACACAUCGUACCACGCCGAGAUGUCAAAGAUGAAGCAGGAGCUCUACACUGUGCAGUCGCAGAACAUGGAGCCAGACGUCCCACUCACACGCGAGAUCGAGCGUCUGAAGGAGGUCGUCAGCAACGUCGAGGACUCGGUGUUCAAGAGAGACAGGAAGCGUCUCAGAAAGACAUACGAGUCACAAGAGUCGUCAGACGUAGAGAGCCUCGAGAACUCUGAGGAGCAAUCGCUGUCGUCGAUGGGCAUUGCCAAUCAAUCGCUCGAGGUCAACACCAUGUCGAUCUUCUCGAUCGACACGUCAAAGGGCUGCAUCAAGCUCACAGUCAAGGGCGACUUCCACGAGGGUCUGUCCAUCACUGGCUGGAAGCUCAUCGUCGUCAAGCCCAACGACGAGAAGUUUGGCUUCUCGUUCCCAGACAACAUCCAUCCAAUCAAGGGCAUCCAGCUGGUCCAUGUGCUGACCGGACUCUCCCGCCCACAGAAUGUUCAGACACCAGAGUACGAGUUCUACUGGGCCCGUCAAGGUCUCUGGGACAUGCCAGAGGGUACCACCGUCAAACUAGUAACGCCAUCCAAUGAGAUCAAGGGUACCAUUCAGUUGCCAGCCAGUGGAAUAUACAUCAAGGACGAUGCCAUUAAGCCCGAAGGUAAUAACUGUUUAAUUAUGUAA